AUGGUUGGAGGGGGAACGAAAUAGUUUGUGGAGUUUGGGGAGAUUCAAAUCUGAGUCCCGGUUCUUUCUCUAUGCUUUAAAUUUCUUCAUAAUGAAUAGAUAAGAUUGAAAAGGAAAGAAAGGAAAAUUUUUUGCUGUGGCCCAUGAAAGAAAUCGCCACAAAUCCUAAUGGGUGGGAGUAGAUUGUGUAGGGAGGGAAAAAAAAAGAACUUUCAGUGGAAGUUAUCCCAAAAUCAAAGAUCAUCUAGAUCUGCCACUGUUUUCAGGUAAAUAUGGUAUUGGGAUCUCAUUAACUUCAACAGUUGCUGGAGUUCCUUGGGUAUGCUGCUUUGUUUAUGGGAUAUAUUGUUUCAUGUUUUCUCAACUUAAAACAGUCGCUCUAAUUUGGUUGGUAGUGGUCUUUAAUUGUACACAUCGUGGAGGCUUAGCUUUAUCAAAGGGGGGAAGAACAGGAACUUCAAACUGAAAUGACAGGCAAAUAUAGCCUUAUAUGAUUUUCGUUUUGAAAAAUUAAAGGCCUAUUGGGCAUCACACCAAUCACCAUCAAGAUUUGCAGAUCACACACACACACACACACACAAACACACACAUUAUUAUUAGUGCAAUCAACAGUAGCUCUCCAGAUGCAACCAUAAAAACCAAACUUUGAGUCGGACUUCAGAAACAUUGGCCCUGCCUCUCUUUUUCAUCAGUUAUGGAGAAGAACUGGGAUUUUUCUUCUACUAAGCUUGAGGGGCUAAAUUGGGCUCAUUGCAAUGGCAAUUCAAGCCGUGAACCUUCUCUGCUUCUUCCAUUUAUGAUUAAUCCUCAGCUUUCAAGCUCAACUAAGGUUCAGUUUGAUGGGUUUCCUUCAUUUUCAACUUCAACGGAAGGAAUGAUUGCUGACGUUAGAGCAGUUUCUGCUUCCAAGAGCCAUAGCCAAGCAGAAAAGAGGCGUAGGGACAGAAUCAAUGCUCAACUGGCGACUCUUAGAAAACUCAUUCCCAAGUCUGAUAAGAUGGACAAGGCAGCUCUGUUGGGAAGUGCAAUCGAUCAAGUGAAAGACCUGAAAAGAAAAGCAAUGGAAGUCAGCAAGAACAUGACAGUUCCAACAGAUAUGGAUGAAUUAACUAUUGAUUCUACCAUGGUUGAAGACAACAACAGGAACAAUAUUGCAAUAAAGGUAUCGGUGAGCUGCGACGAUCGGCCAGAACUGUUCGCAGAGCUCAUCCAAGUGAUCAAGGGGCUGAGGCUCACAACCAUAAGGGCAGAUAUGGCUAGCGUUGGCGGCCGCAUUAAAAGCAUACUUGUCCUUUGCAAUAAAGAUGGUGAAAAAAAUGUGUGCUUGAAAACUGUUCAACAGUCUCUUAAAUUGGUUUUAAGGAGAAUAUCGUCCUCGUCGGCGGCCUCAACCUGUCGUAUUCGAAGUAAACGACAGAGGUUCUUCCUCCCUUCUCAUUAUUCCAAGUAAUUUUUCUUCUCAUAAACGUCUUAAUUUGAUUAUAUUCUUUUACGUCUGGGUGACAGAAGUUGUGGGAUAGUUAUUUAGCUAUGAAGUUCAAAUUUUGUGUCACUCGUUCCACGCCGCAGUUCGUACCAAAUUUGAACCGGAUUUUGGCAAAUGUUGAUCCACACGCCAUAUAAUUACUCAAAAGAAAGAUCCUUCGCUAGAAGUUCAUUCUUGCAUAGAUAUUGUGUUAUAAAUAAUUGCUUUUCGCAUUA